AUGGCCGACAAAAAACCUGCCGUUCUCAUUAUCGGCGGCCUUGGCUUUAUCGGCCGCCAUCUGGCUCUCUACAUCCACGAGAACAACCUUGCCUCUGACGUCCGUUUGGUCGACAAGGUCCUGCCGCAACUAGCUUGGCUGGCCCCCGAGUUCCAAGAAGCCUGCUCCAAGGAGAAAUUCGUCCAAGCGGACGCCAGCCGCGAACAGCAUCUCCCGCGCAUUUUCGACCGAGCCAAUGGCGAACAAUUCGACUACGUGAUCAACUGCGGCGGCGAAACACGGCACUCCCAGCCCGACGACGUCUACGAAGCGCGCAGCUGCGGACUCAGCAUCACCCUCGGCAAGGAAGUCGCCAAGCGCGGCAUUCCGGCCUAUAUCGAAUGCUCGACCGCGCACGUUUACAAGAGCGGCUCCUCGCCGCGCAAGGAAAAUGAUAAGCUCCAGCCGUGGCACAAGUUGGCCAAGUGGAAGCUGAAGGCCGCGGACGAGCUGCAUACCAUCCCCGAUCUCCAGUACUGUGCGCUCCGCCUACCCCACGUCUACGGCGAAUAUAACCCUGGUUACUUCGCCAUGGGUAUCUGCCUGGCACGCGUGCACCUUGAGCUGAAGCAGGACCUCGAACUUCUCUACACCAAGGAGGUCAAGGUGAACACUCUGCACGUCAAGGACGCUGCCAGCGCGCUGUGGACUGCGGCCGAGUGGCGCGCCGGUAGGGGAAAGCUGGAAAAGGGUGACACUUAUGUGUCAGAUAUGGCCAUAGACCCGAAAAUGCACAUUGCCUUUAACGUGGUCGACCACAACGACACAAGGCAAGAACACGUCGCCAAAGCCCUGUCCGAGGUCUUUGGUCUCAAGGUCACCUUCACUGGUACUCUCGUCUCUCAACUUGCCAAGAUGAACUUGGACGACGUCGUCGACGAUAUGAACGAGGUCAGCCUGCAGACGUGGGCGGAGCUGGUCGAGAAGAGCAACAUCGAGCGGCCCGGCCCGAUUGGCCCGUUCGUGGAGCUUGACGUGCUCAAAGACCAGGACAUGUCGAUCGACGGCUCGCUCUUCGAGAGGACGACGGGAUGGAAGCCCAAGUACGAGCACCUUAAUGCCGACAGCAUCCGCGAGAUGGUCGAGAGUUACAAGCGCAUGGGCUGGUGGCCCUGA